AGACCGCGGCUAUGGCCAAACCAAUUGGGAACGCAAGUGUUUAUGGGACAGUUGCAUUUCAUCUCGCUAACCUUAGCUGUCUAGCUUGCUGACUGAUUAAGUCAACAUUAAACCGGCAGAAGCAAAUAAACAUAACAUUUGAAAUGGUUUGAUUAAACGCAUAGUCAUGAAUCUCAGGGGUUUCUUUCAAGAUUUCAACCCCAGUAAAUUCCUCAUCUAUGCAUGCCUGCUGCUGUUCUCGGUGCUGUUGUCACUGCGCCUCGACGGCAUUAUUGAAUGGAGCUACUGGGCUGUCUUUGCCCCAAUAUGGCUAUGGAAGCUCAUGGUCAUUAUUGGUGCCUCAGUUGGGACUGGUGUCUGGGCCCACAACCCCCAGUACAGGGCAGAGGGGGAGACGUGCGUGGAGUUCAAGGCCAUGCUGAUUGCUGUGGGGAUCCACUUGCUCCUACUCACCUUUGAGGUUCUGGUGUGCGCCCGCGUGGAGAGGGGCUCUCACUUCUGGCUGCUGGUCUUCAUGCCGCUCUUCUUUGUCUCGCCCGUGUCUGUGGCAGCGUGCGUGUGGGGAUUUAGGCAUGACCGCUCCCUGGAGCUGGAGAUUCUUUGCUCCGUCAACAUUCUCCAGUUCAUUUUCAUUGCCUUGAGGCUGGAUAAGAUCAUCAGUUGGCCUUGGCUGGUGGUCUGUGUCCCUCUCUGGAUCCUUAUGUCUUUUCUCUGCCUCGUGGUUCUCUACUACAUUGUUUGGUCUGUGCUAUUCCUGCGUUCCAUGGAUGUUAUUGCCGAACAACGGCGUACUCACAUCACCAUGGCGAUCAGCUGGAUGACUAUUGUUGUGCCCCUUCUUACUUUUGAGAUUCUCUUGGUCCACAAGUUGGAUGGUCACUACAACUCCAACUAUGUCCCAGUGUUUGUGCCUCUGUGGGUGUCCUUGGUGACCUUAAUGGCAACCACCUUUGGCCAAAAAGGAGGCAACCACUGGUGGUUUGGCAUACGCAAGGACUUCUGUCAGUUCCUCUUGGAGCUGUUCCCCUUCCUCCGGGAGUACGGGAACAUCUCCUACGACCUGCAUCACGAGGACUCCGAGGUGUCCGAGGAGAUGCCCUCUCACGAGCCGCCCAAAAUCGCCCCCAUGUUCCGCAAGAAGACAGGCGUGGUGAUCACACAGAGUCCGGGAAAGUACUUUGUGCCGCCGCCCAAAUUGUGCAUCGACAUGCCGGACUAAAGAGACAUACACACACACACGCACAUACACACACACACACACACCCCCCUCUCCCCCUUCCCUGGGCACUCGCCCCUACCUGAAAGGGCGAAAGACACACAGCUCUGCGCUAUCUUUUUGGGGGCUCACAGUGAACUGCAUCAUAAUAGGUUAUGAAGCCUGGUCCUCCAUAGAAGCAGACAGUCCAAAUAAACACAGACAGACAGACACAGGCGGAAGAACUGUGUGCUCCUGUGACAAAUACCCAGCCACACUCUGUCAAAGACAGAAUAGGGGAUGGCUUUUCUUUUUCUUUUAUAUAUAAAAAAAAAAUAAUAUUUUUAUUUGGUGUGAGAAGCAAUCGUGGGAUCCAGUAUGGGAGGUAGCCUCCUUGAGGAUGCUCUGUGGUGGACGGGCUCUUGAAGAGGACCUACCAACAUCAUUUUGCAUCUGUAAAACACACAGCCUGUUGAUAGAUUGACUUGGAAUAUAUAUGAUUCUACUGACCUUAACCUUGUAUGACUAUGCUACUGUUAUGCACUUCCUUUGUUAUGUUUUUAAAUCUGUGAGUUUAAGUGUUCAUUAAGGUCACCGGUUCAACACCCAACAGUGCACAUUUUUAUUUUGAUAUUCUUCAAGUAAUAGACAGGUAUGUAGUUAAUAGCACUCGAUGUAAAAGGAGUUCAGGCUCAUCCCAGUAUUACCAUUGCCUCUCAGACUAUCUACUUCAAGACUGCUCAUGUCAUCGAAGGAAAACAUGUAGUCAGCCAUGUAGCAUCAUCAGUGUAAUUGAUGAGUUUAUAUUGCAUACCUUGUUGUGGUGUUGCAAGAGCUUAUAACCAUUUUGUGUUCAAAUGGUUAUUGUAAUUGGCUGAACAUCUGGAAAGACAUUUUGAAAGUGCAUUAGCUCUGAAUAGGACAAGUUCAGUGAGUUUUUGAGUUGUGAUUUCCCAAAAGACAGAAUGCCUUUGAUUCUAGUGAACUAGUCAGUAACAUUUUCAAACUUAGCCAGCCUUGCAGAAGACCAAAUGGUAACAAAGAAGUGUAUCACUAUGAGUAGUUGCAACGGGAUCAGAUCUCCAAGUUUUUUGUUUCGUUUUUUAUUUUUUAAUUAAAAAGAAAGAAGAGUGACAUCACUCCAAUCGAACAAUAACUGACAGCCUGAGAAAUGAACCCAACAGAAACCCGUUCUGUGUAUGGUUCUGUCAUAUAGCACCUCUGCAAGCAUUUUUUAUUCUGUCUACGUGCAGGCAAUCAAAAGAGGAAUUGUAGUCGAACUCCCUGAUGUGCAUGUGUUUAAAUGUGUUCUGUUAGUUCAGUAGAGAUGCCCGACUAAACAAAGAAGGCCCGCUAACCCCCGUAUCUGGACCCCAGUUUGACUAAAGCAUGGGAGUCAUCUAUGUACCCCUUCUUGAUUUGUUAUGGUUUUUAUGGGGGUGGGGUGGGGUGGGUCAUCGUUAAUUUUUUGCUUCAGCAUUCAAAGGUGUAUGAAUUUCCUGCCAAAAAUGCACUAAAGUGUUGAAUGAAGUGUUCCAUAUAGUGGUGUAGAUGUUUAUGAACCACCUCCUGCAGACGUGGUUGUAACCCCCAGCAUGAUUACUGGUGUUCUCUCAUCAGCGACAUGCAAACUAUGGAACGCCAUCCAGCCAAGCUCCAUACUCUGAAUUGUCACAUUCCAAACUGGCAUUAAAAAACACAAACCCA